AGUCGGUGGGGGAGCGGUUUCUCUCUUCGCCGUGUGACGUCGACUCUCCGCGGUUCGGUUCCCUCUCUCUGGCUCUGUGUGUGUGUGUGUGUGUGUGCAAAGAGAGAAGAGCUGCCCAUUCACAGAGCAGUGCCGACAGUUGACGAGCGCACGGCACCGCGACUGGACGGUUCGCCGCUGUUGCCGCUUUAGUUUAUAACCACAAAACACGCGGUGCAGUGCUUACCUAUAAAAAAUCAAACACACCUAGUGUCGCGCGACUCCUGGCGAUGAGGACCCUCGCGAGUGCGGGUAAGCGGAUGUACGCCGCGUAGAGCACACCGAACGAGGGGGAGAAAAGAGGCGAGGCUGUGCGUGUGCGUGCGAAGGAGGCGUAUAAAGAAAGAAGAGGAGUCUUGUAAUACUCCGCGGCGGAGGAGAAGAAGCUGCAGCGACGAGGCUAUGCUCGAGUUUCUCCGCGGCACAUCCGCCGGGGCUUCGAGCGCCCGCGAAAGUGUUGUCCGUUGUUGUUGUCGUUGUUGUUAUCGGUGCUGCUGUUGAUGGUGCAGUUUCGAGGAAUCACGCUCAGGAACGACGCCAAGUGCCAACGGCUAGACAUGACGAUCACCGGAAAGUACGUGGACUGUUCGGUACUGAGCAGUAGUGCCGGUGGAGUAGCCGAGGCCGAGGACUCGUCGUACGACAGUGACUACGAGGCCGGUGACUCGUCGCCUACGCCGUCGCCUCAACAUCAUCAGCAUCAUCGGCGUCGUUCGUCCAGGAGACGACGUAGCACCGCGACGACGCUUCAACAACACUCGGACGUCUCGAGAACCAGCUCUGACACACUGGCUGCCGAGUUUGCCGAGUAUGUCACUGUUCACGGAGCCAAUGCCACGAGUCAGACGCCUGCCCUUCCAACAGGCUACACUGCCCGAGUGGAGUUCGCCCUGAAGCUCGGCUACACGGAGCGACUCGUGCAAACGGCUCUACAAAAGCUCGGCCCCGAGCCAGCUCAGAACGAGCUACUAGCCGAGCUGAUCAGACUAGGCUCCGGACCCGGUUGCAAGCAUGCCGACACGAUCCCGGACGAUCUGGCCGAAGCUCUGCUGCCCGACUCCGAAAGUCAGCUGAGCCAGCUGGACGUCAAGAGUCAAACGGAGGAGACAACCACGACAAGCCUGAGGCCGAUCGUCAUCGACGGCAGCAACGUCGCCAUGAGCCACGGCAACAAGGAGGUGUUCUCCUGUCGCGGCAUUCGCAUCUGCGUCGACUGGUUCCGAGCCCGAGGGCACCGCGAGAUCACCGUAUUCGUGCCCAAGUGGCGCAAGGAGGCCUCGAGACCCGACAAUCCCGUCGUCGAGCAGGAGAUCCUCGGAGAGCUCGAACGCGAGAGGCUCCUCGUAUUCACGCCGUCCAGGCUCGUCGGAGGCAAGCGAAUGGUGUGCUACGACGACCGCUACAUCCUGAGGCUGGCUGCAGAGGUGGACGGCGUCGUCGUGAGCAACGACAACUAUCGGGACCUCGCACAGGAGAGCCCGGAGUUUCGCAAGGUCGUGGAAGAGCGUAUCCUCAUGUACAGCUUCGUAAACGAUCGGUUCAUGCCGCCGGAUGACCCACUCGGAAGGAGCGGACCUACCCUCGACAACUUUCUCAAACUCGGGCCGCGGCGAGCCGAGCCCGUACCGCCCUGUCCAUACGCCAAGAAGUGCACCUACGGCAACAAGUGCAAGUUCCGGCACCCGGAGCGCGGACCGCAUCCGCACAAAUCCGUGACGGAGCGCUUAGUCGAGCACGCCCAGCGUCAGCUGCAAGCUCGCGGACCAAGUCUCAGCUUGCCUCUGCAGCAGCAACAAACUCACCGUCAGCACAAGUCAUUGGCAAAGACGCAGUCCUGGGCUGCAGCCGAUUCCUCGGCCUACGCGAGCUCCGUGCUCAAGAGCAGGUCCGAGGAGAACGUCGGCGGCGCCGAUUACGUUCACUCGGUCACCCCGACUCAGAAUAACCAAGGUUAUCCGUCGUCGCUGGGCUGGGUAGCGCCGAGGGUGUCAAAUCCCGAGCCGGAGCCAGCUAACAUGCACAGGAAGCUACAGCGACAGUUGACGCUCAAUCCCAGCUGUGAUCCUAGGAUUAAUCAGCUGCGCAGAUAUCACCAACAGCAGAUGCCGCAGUGUCAUCCAAACCAGUCAAACGUCGUUCCGUUGCAAAAUAGGCAGCUCACAAGACUGGCCAGUAACGAAUCCUCCUACCCUGUCUCGAUGAGCUGGGGCCUACAGCAGCAACGUCAACCUCGUCACCAGCACGUGACGCGCAUAGCCUCGGCACCAGACUCGUAUCGAGCCUGGCCGCCGCGAGCUGGCAACAGCACUAGUAACGGCGUCGCGAUGGGACCACCGAUAAUGUCCGGCCAGCGACUCGGUGCCUCGGACACACAGCUGAACAUCGCAUCGAGCUGGCCGUCGCCUCCUCAGCAGCAACAACAGCAGGAAGCCACUCGACGACAUCUCCACUAUCAUUUGGCAAACAUCUUUCCCGAUGAGCAAGUUCGGGCAGCCAUGGCUCUACAUCCCCACGAGACCGAUCCACAGCAGAUCUGCGCUGCCAUUCUCACGAUGUUCCCGAAAAUGUAAAUUCUAAAAGAAAAAAAAUGCCUCAAGAGGGGUAUUGCAAAGCUGGCUUGCUGUCUCUUGUACAGCACUGCGAAAAAUUAGAUAAUGCGCUCUCCGUGAGAGUAACACGUGCAUCAUGAUGAAUCGAUGCUCUAAUUGCUUAGAACGCGCGAUUUAUCGAAGAAUUAUCGUUCGACGUUUGUGUGAUCGAACGCUAUGUAAAAACGAUUAAAUGUAACCAAGGUCAGUUUGGAAAACGCAGUGGCAUCAGCGAGUUGAGUAGACAGGUCCGAUUCUCCAUCGAGAAUUGCGGUCUUGUUGACAAACUGCACAACCGAGCAAUGCUUUUUUUCACCAGCUAGCUAAAGUAGCCAGCGCAGUGAAGAAUAAAGCCAUUGCAGCCGAAAAAAUAUCGGUUAUAUGUCGGUUGAAUGGGCAACUUAUUUUCCUUUGUUUAUUGUAUAGGCAUUCGUAUGUACAACGUAAACUUGCAUACGAAGCAUGCAAGUGGAUAAUUUUAUUAUUGUAAAUUUGCCAAAGUUCACCCGCAUAGAGCAAGAAUCGGCUAUUAGGGCAUUACAAUGGGAUUUAAGCAUUUCAAUAUAUAUUUUCAUUAAACUUUGUAGAACUGUAAGAUUUGCUUUAUUUUCUCUGUACUGUUGAAAGUCACACAUGGUAGAUGAUAAAAUAUUGGCAUUAUGCGUGACUCACAUUGAGCCUAGUAAUAUCAAGACGAUUUCACUGAAUCAACAUCAUUUCAUGGCAUUUUAUUUAGUUUUAUCAUAAGCAUUCAUAUUAACGUAUACAAUUGUUUUUAUCUUUUAUUAUUUGCAUUCACAAUGUUGUUUUAUUUCCAAAGAUUAUGCGUAUUUAUACUUUUUCAGUCGAUACUUUUGCGUACGCUUUUGAUUGUAUUAAAAUUGACCUGCAAAAUCCACUGUGCACUUUAGUGGCUGUGAAUUUUAAAAGAGACCUAGUAUUUCGUUUGCCAAAUAUUUAAGAGAUUUGACGCCAAUGUAUUCUACGCCUACCAUACCGUAUAAAAUAGAACAUAUGCUAAAAAUAAUGCAAUUUACGACACGAGAUAUUCUUUCAAUCUGAACUUGAUGCGAGAAUUUCUAUCGACUGAAAUAUUAUAAGAAUGUUUUAAAUAUUUUUCGGUGCAUUUCUAGAGUAAUAUUUAAACGUUUAGAUGUAAUUAUUGUACACUGUAAGAGAAUUUGUUAUCGAUGGAUUAAACACAUUUUAUAAAACAAAA